AUGAACGCCACUGUGUCAUGGCUGCUCGCUUUUCUCAUCUCGAAGGGGAACCCUGUAUCUGGACUGAGCCCCGAACAGCAGUCGUAUGCAGAGUUCGUUGCGGUCCAGAUCACGUGGUUUUACGUCUUCUUUUGGUUUCUCACAGUGACCCAGUCGGCGCUUCGACUGCUGCCAGAGACUUUCACCACACAUGACUCCUCUCUCUCAGUCUUCCGGGUCUACUCUAAACUGCUGCGACCGAUGCUUCCUUACGCUCUCGCGGUCAUGCUUUUAAGUGGUGCCGGUGGAGCCGACUUGCACUGGACGCUGUUUUGCUGCUCGUUCAUCAUGGCCCUCACGGGCACGUACACCAACCACAUCUUCCGGUUUCAGACUGUCAGAGGCCGUACGCAAAGUCUUGUACGUUUGCGCCAAGCGGAGCAGCAAAAGGAUAUGACCGCGAUCGCGAGAUUGUCAUCACUGUCUUCACCUCGUCCACCCUCGCGCUCUCAGUUUCUGCGGUCCUUUGUCCAGAAUCUGCCGUUUGUAGCUUCAGCGCUUCUGGCAGCGGUUUACGUGCACCUUGUCAACUACGCCCCCAUCACAACGAAGUGGGUGUUUGUCUUGCUUGGACUUUGUAGUUUGGUGCUCAAGAUACUUGUCCAGGAGCUUGCAAAGCGGUAUCUGCAGAAGCUGAGAACAACUCCGUCGAUGCGUUCAAUGGCUGCCAUCGUUGCAGCGCCGACGAUCUUGGUGGACACACAACUGCGGACUACGUUGCUGUGCCAUUCCAAUGUGGCAUCGACUCUAGUGAGCUCGGUAGCGCUUGCGGCAGCUGAGAUCUCUUUGAGAGUAACGAAGACUCUACAAAAAGAGUCACUCACAUCGACAUCCGCUCUGCCGCCAGCCAGCUCUCCGGCACAAAAGUUGUUAUCGCUCCACACGGCCGAGGUGUACGCCGACAUGAGCGCCGAGUAC